ACCAGAGCCUGUUUCUGACGGGACCGGGACAGGAGAGCGAACGGACGGUUCUUCUGCGGCAAGUAAACGCGCAUCCAGGGCUUAAUUUCCACUUUCUUCCUCCAGUGUCUAUCCUCUUUAUUCUCGGCUUUCCGUCCUGUUGAGAUGAGGACAUAAUCAGCAGAGGAUUUGCUGCUCACAAAGUUUUGAAGUUGCUGGGAAGAGUCCGGACAGGAGAAAACGAAGAUGCUGGGGUUAGAGGCCAUCCUGCUCUGUCUUCUUUUUGGAGCCCUGGCUGAUGGCCAGGCACCAGAGUGUAACAAGAAGAACGAAUGUCCCAUAGAUGUAUACUUCACCAUAGACACAUCUGAGACCAUUGCUCUGCAGGAGCCGCCCCCUGGAUCACUAGUGGAGAGCAUCAAGAAAUUCACAGAGGAGUUUGUACAGCGUUUAGACGAUGCUGAAUUUAAAGGUGUUGUGCGGCUCAAGUGGAAAAUCGGUGGACUGCACUUCUCCCAGACACAGAGGGUGUUCAGCAACUUCACACUCAAGGAUGAGUUCAUUACUGAGCUCAGAAAAAUCUCAUACUUAGGUAAGGGUACCUACAUUGACUGUGCCCUCAGCAACAUGACCCGGAAGAUCCUAGAAUCACCCUUGUACCCCAGGGCCCUCCGAUUUGCUGUGGUCAUCACUGACGGUCAUGUGACUGGAAACCCAUGUAAGGGAAUCAAGGAAGCAGCAGAGAAGGCUCGUGAUGAGAACAUCCGGAUCUUUGUUGUGGCUGCAUCCAAGAAUGUUGACGAAACAGGGCUGAAAGAGAUUGCCAGCUCUCCAUCAACGGUCUACAGGGAUAACUUCAUGGCUGUGGAUCUGAGCCAGGGCAAGCCGCUCAUACAGACAGACACCAUUGAUCGCAUCAUCAAGACAAUGCAACAUUUGUCGUAUGUAGAGUGCUACAAAGUGUCCUGUGUAGAGACACCAGGGCCUCCUGGUCCAAAAGGCCACAGAGGACAAAAAGGAGCUAAAGGAGACAAUGGGGAACCAGGUCCAAAAGGAGACAGAGGUCAACAGGGAGACCCUGGUAUUGAAGGUCCUAUUGGUCAACCUGGUACUAAAGGAGAGCGGGGUGAUAAGGGCGAGAAGGGAGAGAUAGGAGCUCAGGGGAUGAAGGGUGUGGCCGGCAUCCCAGGACGCAACGGAACUGAUGGACAGAAGGGUAAAAUUGGACGAAUCGGCGCUCCUGGAUGCAAAGGAGACCCAGGCGACCCAGGUCCUAAUGGUCACCCUGGAGACGUCGGUGAACGUGGCUUUCCUGGAACUGAUGGAGAUAAGGGCGAUCCUGGACGACCUGGAAGACCUGGUCCCCCUGGCCUAUCUGGAGAACCUGGACCAAAGGGAGAAAGCGGAAGUCCUGGAUUACCAGGCAUCCCUGGACUGAAAGGAAACCCAGGAGACCGCGGAGGUCCAGGAGUCAAAGGAGAGCUAGGGAGAAGAGGAGACUAUGGGCCAAAAGGUGCUUCAGGACCUGAUGGAAUUAAAGGAGAAAAGGGUGAAAUGGGGCCAGAGGGCCAGAGAGGACUUUCGGGUGAAUCUGGGAACGAAGGAGCAAAGGGAGACAAUGGCCUGCCAGGACCAAGGGGACCACCAGGGGCACCAGGAGAGCCUGGGAGAAAUGGCACCAGAGGUGAUCCUGGUGAUGCUGGACCAAGAGGUGAGCCUGGGCAACAAGGACCAAAGGGAGACCCUGGAAGACCUGGCUUUAGCUAUCCUGGACCAAGAGGACCAUCGGGUGAGAGAGGAGACAAGGGUAGUCGUGGACCUCGUGGUAGCAGGGGAGACUGUGGUCAAAAGGGUGAACCUGGCAAUAAAGGAACUCCGGGAGAGCCAGGUGAGCCAGGGCCUCAGGGUGAACCAGGCCUGAGAGGACCCAGAGGAGAGGGGGGACGUGACGGAGAUCCAGGCCCUGAGGGAGAUCCUGGCCUCACUGAAUGUGAUGUCAUGAAUUACAUCAGAGAGACAUGUGGCUGCUGUGACUGUGAGAAGAUCUGUGGAGCCCUGGACAUUGUAUUUGUGAUUGACAGCUCAGAAUCAGUGGGUCUCACCAACUUCACCCUGGAGAAGAACUUCGUCAUCAACACCAUCAGCAGACUAGGAUCUUUUGCCAAAGAUCCCCAGUCAGAAUCAGGCACAAGGGUGGGAGUUGUUCAGUACAGUCACAGUGGAACCUUCCAGGCCAUCCGGCUCAAUGACCCCAAGAUUGAUUCGCUGCCUGCUUUCAAGGAAGCAGUGAAGAGUUUGGAGUGGAUUGCUGGAGGAACGUGGACUCCAUCUGCUCUGAAGUACGCCUACGACAACCUGAUCAAGGAGAGCCGCAGAGCCAAAGCCAAUGUCACUGUAGUUGUCAUCACUGAUGGACGUUUCGACCCCAGAGAUGAUGAUUCCUUGCUCACCUACCUCUGCACUGAUCCCAAUGUUGAUGUGAGCGCCAUCGGUAUUGGAGACAUGUUCUACCAGGUUGAAGAGAAUGAGAGUUUGAAGAGCAUCGCCUGUCAGAAGGAUGGCAGGGUGCUGGGCAUGAGGCGCUUUGCAGACCUGGUGGCCGAGGAGUUCAUUGACAAGAUUGAGACUGUGCUCUGCCCUGAUCCUAUUGUAGUAUGUCCUGAACUCCCUUGUAAAUCAGAACCUGCUGUGGCUAGCUGUGUUCAGAGGCCAGUGGAUGUGGUGUUCCUCUUGGAUGGUUCCGAGAGGAUGGGACUGGAGAAUCACCGCAGGGCCAAAGAGUUCAUUGAGAAUGUUGCUCGCCGCCUCACACUGGCCAGCAGCUCCACAGAUGAGAGAAAUGCCCGUUUGGCUCUGGUGCAGUAUGGCAGCCCUACAGAACAGAAGGUGGAGUUUGCCCUCACCCACAAUCUCACAGUGAUCUCUGAUUCACUGGCAGCUGUGACCUACUUGGAUUCGUCUUCUGCUCUGGGCAGUGGUAUCAUCCAUGCAGUCAACAAUGUGUUGUCUCAGCAGGCAACCCGUUUGUCUCGUCGCAACGCUGAGGUGGCCUUUGUGUUCAUCACUGAUGGCAUCACAGCCAGUGAGCAGCUAGAUGAGGGCAUAUCUGCUAUGAGAAGAGCAGAAGGCGUUCCUACGGUGAUCGCCAUGGGAACUGACACAGAUGAAGAGGUGUUGCGAAAGGUGUCACUAGGGGACAUGUCAGCCAUCUUUAGAGGAAAUGACUACACCAUGCUGAACAAACCGGCAUUCUUUGAGCGCUUUAUCCGCUGGAUAUGUUAGUGAGGAACUGUAACAUCUACGCCAUAGAAUUAGAAUGGGUAGAAUGAAAGAAAAUUCUUCCUACAGUGUACACUAUAACCUGUAUAGAAAGAUGGGCAACACGUCACCACUUUCUGGUUCUAUGUAAAAGUGAAGCCAAAAUAUUGUGAAUACUGGGGUGGCCAUCUUGCUUUUGUGAUGCAUUUUGCAACCAGAUUCUGUGCAUUAGCAACCAGAAGUGAAGCCGCAGUAUCAGGCCAACAGUCAAAGCUGUCAAGCCUCCAAAGUAUGGCCCUUUUUUAUAAUCAAAUAACUUAUUAAAAUUUGACUUAUCAGACCAUUUGUACACAAAUCAGCAUGAUAGUAUCUACCUGUAAUGACAGAAAUCACAUUUUGGAAAAAGUAACUUGAUUCGUACUUUGAAUUUUCAGUGUGGCUCAUGUCCCAUCUGCUAAGAUGGAGGAGGCAGAAUUUAUGACCUAUACUAGAAUCAGUCACUUCACUCCAGGGCAGUUGUCACAUUGUCCAUUUUUAUAUACAGUCUACGGUGUCCACAUAAACACAGAGGCAUGAACGCACCUCUGUUAUCAUUAUCAUUUUGAAUGAUGGGCGUAAGCACUGAGAUGACUCCAUAUCUUGUCUUUAUGUUAGAAGAUACAGAAGCCAAAAUAAUCUGUUCAGGACUAACACAAACAGAAACAGACACACACACAGGCAUGCAAUAUUUGUAAUGUGUUUAUUCUAUUUGUUCUAAAUCUAUGGUCAGCACUUCCAGCCAAAGACGCUCAGAAGUAUCCAAGAGGAGAAGUGUUUGAAUAGUGAAUGUGUACGAAACAAAAUGUAGGCUUUGUUUUGUUUGAAUUUUGUACUGAUUUUCAGUUUGCAGAAAAUAAUUCUCUCUUUCUCUUUCUUUUCACAAAGUCACAUUAUUCAUAUUAAAGGUGCUAAAACAGUUAAAAGGACAAAGCUAUUUGACCAACUUUUUUACAUCAUUUUAUGCUGUAAUUACUGUUGUUUGUUCAUGGGAUAAAAACAUGCAGACAUGUGUUUUCCAGGGAAACAAAAUCACACAUAAAUGCCCCACACUCAACCACACAAGAAUCACACAUACACACUCAAACACACAUAUAGUCAACUGCACAUUCACUGACUGACAAAUAGAACCAUAUCUGUAAAAAUUAAAUACAAAUAAAGUGUAAUGUGGUGACCCCUAAA